AUGGCCUCUGAGGAGAACUCUUCUAGAGCCCGCAUUAAGAUCACGCCAGAACUCUUUAGCAUCACUCACUUACAGUAUUAUAUCGAAACUAGGUAUGCCUUUCUGCAAGAUUUACCUCCUGAACAAACCGGAGAGUUGAUGAAUGACCUGCCAUUGGAAAGACCAGAAUCCGACAAAGAGCUGCACCAAGACCAACGGCGGGAGAUCAAACAUCGCAGAGCCUAUCUAGCGACCGCAGCUAUGGAGAUGGUCUAUGGAAACUACCGACAAGCCCUUGAUGCGCUUGAGUAUGCCGAGAAUGGCUAUCGAAAGUACUUUCCGCGGGAGCAUAUCUCAAGGCUCGAAAUCUCAAGUUUUCGGGCUCUGUUACUGGCGCUCAACUCGAAGCCUAUUGAAGCGGAAGGACUUUGCAAGAGAACUUUUGCAAUAUUAGGCGAAGAGAGGGGAUAUAAGCAUCCAUUGACACUAGUAACGAUGAGCAUCUUGGUGCAAAUACAGUUAAAGAUGUGGCAUUUCUUCCCUGCUAUGGAUACAGCAACAACUCUGGUCCGGAGAACAACUAAAACAUUAGGAGAGAAUGACAUCUUGACGCUUCAUAGUAGGGCCCAAUUGGCUGCUGCGAAGUUUCACCAUGGGGACUACUAUGGGGCUGAAACGGACCUCGAAUCGGUUAUUCCAAUUCUCGAAGGCCAUCUUUUGAGCGAGCACCCAGAUAUGUUUCAAUAUCAGUGCCUUCUCGCCAAAGUCUAUCUUAAAAGGGGGAAAUUUGAGGCUGCCGAAAAACGUCUAGUCCCAGUGCUCGAGAUGAAACCUCGGGAGUAUUCUAAGGAUUCGAGACGAAAUGAAGCAGCUCAGACAGAUGUGGAUACUGGAUUUCCAGAGUACGGGCUCACAGACUUUCUAAACACCUUCGUGAAGGAUCCUAAGGCAGCUUUCUCAGGAACGAAGCCCCACCCACAGUUCCUGAGCGCUCUGGCAGUGUAUGCGGAUAUUUUAUUUCAACAACAAUCUCCUGCAGGUUUUGCGAUAUCCAUUCACAGAGCGACUUGGUUGCAGCAGAAAAUAGAGCUUGGCAAUUCACAUCUGGAUACCGUGGCAACCCUCUACCGACUUGCCGUCUUAACAAGAGAGACUAAGGAGGACUAUGAGUCUUAUAUUGAAGUAAGAGAACAGCUAGAAGAAGUGACCAAAGCCCGCAAUGAUAUCUUCGGUGGGUCACACGCUUCCACGCUAUGUGCUCUGCGCGAAGAUUUGGUACUUGGCUACAACAUCAGGGCGUUGGUAAGUCCUGGUCCAUGGGUCGACAAUGCUGAGACGGAUCCUAUCUACUUCCAAGGCAAGGAUGUUUUUGCCGAGUCACAUUAUAUUUACGAAUGUCACAAAUCUCGUCUCGGAAGAUUCCACCCAGAGACCAUCCAAUCUCUUUAUUGGUUGUUCAAGCUACGAGUUUCGAAGUCAUUUCACGAACAGACAUGCGCGCUCGCUAAUGAGCUCCUCGAUUGCUUGAAGGUGGUGCGGGACGAUUGCCCGGUGUUCUCACUAAGUCUAGAGUGCUCCGUUGCAUUUCUCUUUUACGAAUUCGGCUACUACCGGACUGCAAAACAAAUAUCGGUCAGAACGACGGAGGCAAUCGAUCAUUAUCUAACUAUGGGAGACCGGGAGAUGCGUUGGUUCCUGGAGAGACUCAGAUCUGAGAACCUAGGCUUCAUUGACCAUCUCUGUGGUAAGCUAGGGGAAGAAAGGGGCUAA